AUGGCUUAUAUAAACGCUAUUGGAUGUAGUGAAGGUCUCUCAAAUUCUAGACCUCCUUUAUUUGAUGGUACAAACUUUGCUACUUGGAAAACGAGAUUUAGAAUAUAUGCAAGAUCUCAAGGAGUCAAAGUUUGGAUGGCCAUAGAAGAUGGUCCUAUUAUUCUGACUAAAAUUGUCGACGAUGUUACUAUCGAAAAGAAAUGGGCACAAGAAAUGUGGAACAAGUUAGUGGUAACCUAUGAAGUUACUACGGAUAUAAAAGAUUCUCGAAUGGAUACUUUGAUCCAAGAAUACGAGAACUUUAAACUCCAAGAUGGAGAAAAUAUCAUCGAUAUGGAAACAAGAUUUACUCGUAUAAUCGAUGAAUUAUCUCAACUCGGGAAGAACUAUACUCAAUAUGAAAAGAAUCGUAGGGUUCUUAAAUCUCUCCCUCCGAGUUGGAAAGUUAAAGUCACUACUAUUAAAGAGAUGCACAAUCUCAAUGACUAUCACAUCGAUAAUCUAUUCGGAAACCUUCGUGCUUACGAGGAAGAUAAUGUUCCGGAUAUUGUCGUCCCCAAGGUGGAAGACAAGAAGAAAAAUAUGGCAUUAAAAUCCAUAUUAAUCGAUGAAGAUGAAAAUGACGAAGAUUUAAACGAGGAAAUUCAAAAUCUCGAUGAAAGCGAAAUUGCUUUACUAACGAGACAACUUCGUCGUGUGCUUCAAAGCAAAGCUCAAAGGUACGGAAAAGGCUUCCUUAAAUCGAAUAAUCAACAAAGAGUUUUUAACUCUAAUGAAAGGCCUAAUUACUCUCAAAAUUAUUCUCCUAACUAUAAGAGUAAUUUUCCUACCAACUCGGGCUAUAAAGGUAAAAAUAAUCAAAGUCCGAAUGGCUAUAAUAAUGCCAACACGAGCAACAAUAAUAUUUACACUCUUCCAAAACCAAAAGAACAAAAUCCGGAGGAAACACAAGAUGUGUGUUUUGAGUGUAAACAACCGGGUCACUAUAAACGAGAAUGUCCUAAACUAUCUAAGGGUCGAAUUCUCGUGGCCGAAAACGGUUGGGAUUUAAGUGAAGAUGAGGAAUCUCCCGAAGCAAGUGAAGAAGUGGUUAAUCUUUGUUUGAUGGCAAUCGAGGAUGCUUCUACAUCAACGGAAAUCUCCACUAAUAACCAAGAGAAUCAGCAGGCAGAGGCUGAGAGGUGGAUUAUGGUGGAGGAAUGGGAGAGUAAUGUGAGGAUUGGCUGGAUGAUUGAUAAUCUUGUAGAAGUUGAAGUGGUUGGAAGUUUUGAGGAGGGGAUUGUUCUUGAUGUUGUCCUUCUUGAAGUUCAGGUUGAGCCGGUUGUUGUUGAUCAGGCUGAACAUAUGCCUUUCAAAACCGAAAUUGCUCGAAUCCUUGAAGAAAAAGAAAAAGAGCUCAAAAUAGAAACUCGCAAAAUCAAGGAUGAACAUUCCAACAUCUUAGCACAAUGCAAAGAUCAAGAAAGAAUUUUAAAUGCUAAGAUUGAUGCCUUAAUCAAUGAUAAAAAUGAUCUUGAACGAACGAUUCAACGAUUUACAAAAGGCAAUGAAAUGUUGGAUAGAAUGGAAUGCCUUGUUGCUAAGCAAAACAUGUGGUACCUUGAUAGUGGUUGUUCAAGGCACAUGACAGUGAAUAAAUCUCUUUUGAACGACAUUAAAAAGGUAACCGCUGGAGUUGUCACGUUUGGAGAUAGCAGCAAAGUUAAUAUUAUUGGCAUUGGGGAUAUUGGAAAUGAACAUUUUAGUAUUGCCAAUGUGCAACUAGUUACGGGACUUAAGUAUAACCUACUUUCGAUAAGUCAAUUGUGCGAUAAUGGUUAUAAGGUAAUUUUCUAUCCAACUCAUUGUUCGAUUCUUAAUAAGGAUGGAAAAUUAGUCCUUACUUGUCCUCGUAGUAAAAAUGUGUAUACUUGUGAUAUAAGUAAGCACAAUAAUGUAUGUCUAAUCACUACUCAAGAUGAUCCUUGGUUAUGGCAUCGAAGAUUAGGACAUGCUAAUAUGAAGUUGAUUAAAAAUAUAUCAACAAAUGAUCGUGUUAGAGGUAUACCAAAGUUGAAUUACCAAAAAGAUCAUACUUGUGAGGCUUGUGAGAUUGGCAAGCAAAUAAGGGCAUCUCACAAAUCUAAAUUCAUGGUAUCUACCUCUAGACCUCUCGAGCUAUUACAUAUGGACUUAGUUGGUCCAGUACCCGUACAAAGUCUCGGAGGAUGUUCUUAUACCUUGGUUAUUGUUGAUGAUUUUUCACGAUAUACGUGGACGGAAUUUCUCAAAGCCAAAAGUGAUGCUUUAGAGUCUUUCUCGUCCCUGUGCAAAAAGAUUCAAAAUCAACAAAACAAUACCAUAGUCUAUAUAAGAACUGAUCAUGGUAAAGAAUUUGAAAAUUCUAGCUUCACUGAAUUUUGUGAAGAACAUGGAAUUACUCAUAAUUUUUCCGCUCCCUAUACUCCUCAAUCAAAUGGAGUUGUUGAAAGUAAAAAUAGAACAUUACAAGAAAUGGCAAGUACUAUGCUUAAUGAAUAUCGUCGUCCUAAAUAUUUUUGGGCUGAAGCUAUGUCUACUGCUUGUCAUAUACUAAAUAGAGUUUUGUUAUGCCCUAUAACUCAAAAGACUCCAUACGAGCUUUAUUUUGGCAAAACUCCUAAACUUAGUUAUUUUAGAGUUUUUGGAUGUAAAUGCUUUAUUCUAAACUCCAAAAAUUACCUUACGAAGUUUGAUCCUAAAUCAAGCGAAGGUAUAUUUCGCGGUUAUUCAACAAAUAGUAAAGCAUAUCGAGUAUUCAAUCUCAAAACUCUGGUGGUGGAAGAAUCUAUGAAUGUUGCUUUCGAUGAAGCAAAACCACCCUCGAAGUAUAUUGAUCUUGUUGAUAAAGAAGAUGCACAACAAGAUGGGAUUGAAGAUGUUAUUCGACAAUUCCUAUUAUAA